GAUUUAUCAAUCAGCUCUCUUUUACUUUACUUCUGAUUCGCGAACGUUUAGUGUAUCUUGCGCAUUAUAUUUACUAAAAAGAUUUGUAUUAUAUUUGGUACGAUGACUUUGUUUUUUUCAAUGGCUAUCGUCUAUAGCUAUUUUUUGUGGUUCGUUCAGUGUCAGAACGUAAAUAGCAUCCGACACCUGUCAGAAAGCAGCCAAAUGCCACAGACUCGUACUAUUCGAGGAGAACAAAUACCAUUGGAGUUUUAUGAAGUCAUCGAAAGAUCGGAUAAUAGUAAGAACGAGCUGCAACAUCGAUUGCAUCACUUUUUGGAAAAUCUUCAAAAGAAUCUUACCACGUCCACGGUAUUUAGAGACUUUCAAACUACUGCAUCGAGAUCGGAAAACUAUGCCAAUAAGAUGACUGAAUUAUCAACAUUUUUUCAUGAUGCUUCCAACUCUGUUGGUAAAUUUGCCCAAGAAAGCGAAAAAUUCUAUGAUGUAAUUAAGAACUCAAGCUAUGCAUUGUUGUUGAAAUUACGACAAGUCCCCGCAGCACAGCCCACACAGGUAAAGAUUGUGCUAACAAACUAUUUUUCGGAAAUGGAGUUUUUUCAUAUUAUGUUUUCCGAAAUUGUGGACGAAGCACUAGAAUACACUGUGGGAACUCUGCUCGCUGUUCAACGAAUAUUCCUUCAUUUCGCCGAUGUUCAGAGUUUCAUACUACACGACUGGAAACUGAAGCUUGACUUUGAGUGCUCCAAAAUGUACAUGGAUUUCUUACAAUAUCAUUCUGCGCAGGUAUUUAAAUGCGCGGCUGGCCACGAAUUGAAAGUCGCUUAUGACGUGUACGCUAUGACAAAGAUAAACUCAAAAUAUAUAAUGAGGCAGCUUGAGUUCCGAAUUCAAAGACUUUUCAACUGUUUUAUCUUCAAAAGUUACGAAAUACGAUGUCAAUUUCUCCAAAACGCCGAGAAGGAUUUUGAAAGUCUCUUUAGUAAGCUCGAAGAACUAGAAAUGUAUCUGGAUAUAAAAACUAAGCAAGGUCGAGCUUCAGAUUUGAGAUUCCACCGACAAAGCAAUAGACGGUAUGAUGAUGUCACAACAAAAUCGACUGAGCUUCUCAGUGAUUGCCUACCGAACGACUUUCCCUAUAGUCAAAUAAAAUCGGAAUUAAGAUCUUGCUUUUAUUUAUUUGAUGGAAAAUGAGUAAUAUAUUAUAUGCCAUAAUACAUACAAGAAUUGGGUCUAAGAUUCUUUGUUUUUUGUAAGAUAGUCACUUAGGUAGCUACUCAGUCUGAAUGACAUCUUUAUUUAACAAGAAUUCAGAGAUUUUGCUUAAAAUCUUUGUAAAAUGAGUACGAGGUUUCAAAUUUGCAUUAAAUGUAAUACGAUUCGCUUUGUUGCACACUUUCAAAUGAAUAAAUAUUGUUU